CGGUUCAAUUAUAUUCGGUUCAGUUCAACAGAAAAUGUUCAAAGAGUCGGACUUUCUUCGAGAAUUUCCGGCAAAUUCACUGCUCCACCUUUCGACGUAUUCUUGAUUGAAGCUUUCCCCAUGGCUUCCGAAUCCCCCAGCGCUGUUCGAAAAGUCGUGAUUCACUUGAGGGCAACUGGUGAUGCUCCCAUACUCAAGCAACAAAAAUUCAAGAAAAUUAAGGAUGGGUUUGUUCUUGGCACCUUUAUUUCUAAGAAAUCAUCUGUUAUACUUGUCUCUGGCACUGACAGGUUUGCUAGUGUUAUUGAUUUUCUACGUCGCCAACUUCAUAAAGAAACCUUGUUUGUGUACAUCAACAGUGCCUUUUCUCCUAAUCCAGAUGAGUCGGUGAUAGAUCUCUACAAUAACUUUGGAAUUGAUGGUAAGCUGGUUGUCAAUUAUGCUUGUUCCAUGGCUUGGGGCUGACUGUUGAAUUGUUGAUACAGCUAUUUCAUUUUACCGUGAUUUGUUGAAUUGAUCAGAAAUGUACAUUCGACGUGCUAUAUGUUCGAUCUCUGAGGCCAUGUAUAGGGACACCGGACACUGCUUCAGUUGUUGGUUGGCUGAUAGAUUGUGGAGUAUGCUGUAUGCUGACUCUCUCUCCCCUCUUAAUGUGUCAUUACAAUAGCAAAAUUUACAUGAUUUUAGUAUUUAUUUCACUUGUAAAGUUGACAUCAUUUCUGUUAAUGUUUGUGGAAAGCAGAAGAAUUUUCUUCCGGUUAUGCAUCCUGCUCGUCUUCCCUCUUUUUUCUUGAGUCUGGUUGUUUUUCUGUUAAAAAUAUUAUAGAUCAUUUCAUAAUUAAUCCCGACUUUUCAGGCCAGUAUAAGGCCCAUUUGGGCCCAAUUCAGGCUGGGCUAUUUUUAUUUUUAUAUAAUCAACAUUUGGGUA